GUGUGUGUGUGUGUGUGUGUGUGUGUGUGUGUGUGUGUGUCCGAGUGAGCGAUAUCCCCAGGUCCUGUUCCACAGCAGCAAUCACACACAGGUACAGGCACAAAGAAGGAGUGCGUCUCCGAAUAACACCCAGUGAAGUGAUCCUUCAUACAGGAUGUUCUCAGAGCAGUGGGCCCGCCGGGGAGAAGACCCCCGACACAUGCAUUGAGGCGCCACUGUAGGGACUGCCUUUGAUAUCCGGGACCCGCGCUGCUGCAGAUGCACCUUUAUGUUGAAUUAUUCAUUAUCGGUUCUCUCGUGAUCGGUCAGCCAUGAGGAAGACCCAUGUACUGGUUUGGAUCAACCUGGUGGUGCAAGUGUGUCAGGGGGCCCAGGGCCGCUACGCCCAGAAGCUGCUCACCGACCUGAUGGAGGACUACUCCAACGCCCUGAGGCCGGUGGAGGACACGGACAAGACCCUGAACGUCACCCUGCAGAUCACCCUGUCCCAGAUCAAGGACAUGGAUGAGAGGAACCAGGUGCUGACCACGUACCUGUGGAUCAGACAGAUCUGGCAUGACGCCUACCUGAGUUGGGACAAGGACGACUACGACGGCCUGGAGGUCAUCCGGAUACCCAGCAACCUGGUGUGGAGACCCGACAUAGUGCUCUACAACAAGGCGGACGAGGACCCGGGCCAGGCCGACACCAACGUGGUGCUGCGCUACAACGGGGAGAUCACCUGGGACUCCCCGGCCAUCACCAAGAGCUCCUGCGUGGUGGACGUCUCCUACUUCCCCUUCGACUGGCAGCAGUGCAACCUAACCUUCGGCUCCUGGACCUACAACGGCAACCAGGUGGACAUCGACAUGGGCUCGGACAGCGGCGACCUGUCGGACUUCGUGGAGAACGUGGAGUGGGAGUGCCACGGCAUGCCGGCGGUCCGGAACGUCAUCAUGUACGGCUGCUGCUCGGACCCCUACCCGGACAUCACCUACACCCUGCUGCUGAAGCGUCGCUCCUCCUUCUACAUCUUCAACCUGCUGCUGCCCUGCUUCCUCAUCUCCUUCCUGGCGCCGCUGGGCUUCUACCUGCCCGCCGACUCCGGGGAGAAGGUGUCACUGGGCGUCACGGUGCUGCUGGCGCUCACCGUCUUCCAGCUCAUGGUGGCCGAGAGCAUGCCGCCGUCGGAGAGCGUGCCGUACAUCGGGAAGUACUACAUCGCCACCAUGACGAUGAUCACGGCCUCCACCUCACUCACCAUCUUCAUCAUGAACAUCCACUUCUGCGGCGCCGAGGCCAAGCCCGUCCCCUACUGGGCCAAGGUGGUCAUCAUCGACUACAUGUCCAAGAUCCUCUUCGUGUACGAGGUGGGCGAGAACUGCACCACGCCGGAGAGCGAGCGCACCUCGCCCUACACCGACGAGCCCAUGGCGGAGGAGCGCUACGGCGUCCGGGACGACGACAACGACGACGCGUACCGGCGGGGCAACGGCCACGGCGGCGCCGGCAGCCCCAAGAGGCAGCAGGACGGCCGCCCCGACGGCCACUGCCGCCAGGACCACCAGCACCACCAGCACCACCAGCAGCAGCACCACUACAACAACCACAACAACCACCACGCCGCCCGGGGCCGCGGCGAGGAGGGCGGAGGGCCCCCGAGGCGCUACCCCCAGAACCACCACAUCCGGAGGGACGAGCUGGACUACCAGAGGGACCAGCGCGGGACCCUGCAGUACCUCAACGGGGGGCUCAAGGAUCAGCUGUUCUACCCCCCCUCGGAGAAGCCCUACCCGGCAGCCUGCCCCUGCAGCUGCCCCUGCCCCCAGCACCUCAAGGUGGUGAAGAACAUCCAGUUCAUUGCAAACUGUUUCCGUGAGCAGCGGGCGACGUGCGCCAAGGGGGCGCAGUGGAAGAAGGUUGCCAAGGUGAUGGACCGAUUCUUCAUGUGGAUCUUCUUCAUCAUGGUGUUCCUCAUGAGCAUCCUCAUCUUUGCCAAGGCGACUUAAGGGCCAUGUCAUGAAAAAAAGUAUCUUCAUCAUCAGCAUCAUUAACUGGUUGAUGAGGAUCCGAGGUUCCGAAAGUAUCUUCAUCAUCAGCGUCAUUAACAGGUUGAUGAGGAUCCGAGGUUCCGAAAGUAUCUUCAUCAUCAGCGUCAUUAACAGGUUCAUGACGUUCCGAGGGUUCAAGACCCGAACAUGAACUGUGAUGUUCAGAAAUGUUGAAGAUGACAUUAUAAGCUUUAGUCGUUUUGUCUACAAAGUGUGUUUGGGAGUAUAUUUCCUGUGUGAUUCCUAUGUGGGUGGAAGAUCCUUUCCUUUCCAUUUGGCUGAACAUGUGAGGAGCCGUCGAACCAGUAAGAAGAUCUCGGCCUCUCCUCAAACAUGAAGACUUUAUUAUUGAUGACCUGACACCCAGUUAUAUAUACGUGUUACAUUACUUACAUUGCAUUUUAAGCAGCUACUUUUAGGAUUGCUACAAGGAUGGCAUGUUUAGAGCAGUUGAAAUAAGUUACAAUUAAAUCAGAAGGAGUCCACAAAAAAUAAAAAUUAUAAGAAUGCAAUAACAUACAAUAAAUUAUCCUACAAUGGUUGAAGCUCCUCCCACAUAUGUUUUUUUAUAUGCCUACAGGCUCUAGCCCCUCCCACAUACCGUUGUUUAUCACCCAAAGUGACUUUGGGUCCGCCCACAUAGGCUGUCUAUAACCCAGAGUGGCUCCGACUCCUCACACAUCUUCUUAUAACCCAUGAUGGCAAAGGCACAAAAAUUAAAUAUAUGGUUUAAACCACUGUAGGUCAGGGGGCAGUGGACGUCUGUACGUCACUGUCUAUCUAGAACAGGGGUGGGCAAACCUUUUGGCUCAUGGGCCACGUUAAUUUUUUAAAACUGACCAACAGUUGCGCAGUGUCUUUUAUAUAAGCUAAUGUUUAUAUAAGCUAACGUAAAACUCUGCUUUCUUGCCUUACCCAUUGGCCAAGUCUUCGUCAUUGAGUUUUACAUUUUUUGUUUUCUUGACAUACUAGUUUGUAUGCCAGUAGAUAACUGGUUUUCGUGAUGACGCCUUGAAUUGUGGAUUGACAUACAAAAAAUGUUUUGCUGAUUAACUUCCUGUCUUUCUCACUCAGUCAUAAAGCAUAAUGAUGCAAAAAUAAAUCGUACAAAUCAAUAUAUAUAUAUAUAU